UUUUUCUUGUUAUCAGUAUCACUACUUAUCAAAAUCUUAUCACCUGUUAUCCUGACAUCUCCUCGCUCGACAAUUUCAUGAGGAAUCAUUUGCAUGUGUGUUUUAUGUCAUUUUCACAUUAUAUUAGUGUUCGUUAAGAAAGUGUUUGUGUAUAUAUAUCCCUGUGGAAACAUAAGUACCUACAUUGACACUCCUUAUGCGGUUUUUGCUUCUUCGUGUGUCGAAGAACUUUUUCCUUCCACCUGUUUUGCACGCCAGAACCAUGGUGAAAUUUUUAAAUCAAGAAGAGGCGAUAAAUAUUGACCAAGAAUUGUUCAAUCAGUAUAAGUUUGACGUUUCCCAACUAAUGGAGCUGGCUGGCUUAAGUUGUGCAACUGCGAUCAUGAAGUGUUAUCCUCAGGAGAAAAAGGUGUUGGUCUGUGUUGGCCCUGGAAAUAAUGGUGGCGACGGUUUAGUGUUAGCCAGACACUUAAAAUUGUUUGGUCAGAAUCCAUCUGUAUACUAUCCGAAGAGAACUGAUAAAGAUUUGUAUAAAAAUCUAACAAACCAAUGUGAGAGCAUGGAUAUUCCAUUCAUAGAAAAUAUAUCUGGGGAAGAGUUGAAUCAAUACAAUCUUAUUGUUGAUAGUCUUUUCGGCUUUAGUUUUAAACCUCCUGUUCGACCCCUUUUUGUUCCACUGCUAGAUCUCUUACAGAAAACGAAAAUACCCAUCUGUUCCGUUGACAUACCAAGUGGAUGGGAUGUUGAAAAAGGCUGCCCAGCUGAAGGUGGCAUCCAACCUGAAAUGCUCAUUUCACUCACAGCUCCAAAAAAGUGUGCAAAUUUUUUUAGAGGUACGUAUCAUUACCUCGGAGGCAGAUUUGUACCUCCGCAGUUGGAAAAAAAAUAUCAAUUACAGCUUCCAGCCUAUCCAGGAACAGAAUGCUGUGUAAAAAUUAAUUAAGGAUCUUACCGUUUUAUUUGCCAUUCCCCAUUGUGAAAUUGGAAGAGCAUGCCUUUCAAUUUAUGAAAUUUUAAAUUUCCUUUCAUACCUAUGUUAUUUUGGAGAUGGAUCAAAAUUGUACCUAUUACUAUACAGUGCUCAUUUUUAAAGAAUUGUUUAGAAAUUCUAUUUACCCAAGUAGUUGACAGUGGCGUGGCGUGAUUUGCGAUACAUUGAUUGAUCUGC